UUCGCUGGAAUCAUCAGCUUCUGUUUUGAGUCGCUGUUUCGCUUUCACAACCGAUUCGUCACCUAACUGUUUAUCAGUGAAAAGCAGAAAGAAGUCCUGUUUUCUCAAAAUACUAUACAAAAAUGAGUACUUUAGAAAACACUUUGCAAAUAGAAACCAAGUUGGAAAAGGAGAGAACAAACCAAGCCUUGUUGAAAGAUCGAGUAGAAAAGUACUCGGAACUGACGCAGUCCAUGUCCAAAAUACUGAACUCGUUCGAACAACGUCUGGGAAAGUUGGAACAAACCAUCCUUCCGGUGUACAACGUUACAAAAAAUCUCCAAAAGCAGCAACUAAAUCUCGAUUCCACCCUCAACUGUCUGGAACAGGUUCUGUCGCAUUACGAUGCCUCGCAGGAUGUUUGUAACCUGAUACAUCAGGGACCUUCCGAGGGCAAUAUUGUAGCCUUCCUGGAUGGUUUGAACAAACUCAAAAAAGCCACGGACUAUUUCCUGAACAACAAUUCCCAGAGCGUUGAGUUGGAGAAUGUAACCAGUUUGUUCAACAACGGAUGCGAAACGUUAAACAACCAUCUCAAAUCGCUUCUCAAGAAGCACAGCACUCCGAUGAGGCCGGUAGAUUUGUUGGAUUUAAUCUACAUCGAAGAGGACUCGUCCAAUGAAGAUUGUCCCUCGAUUAAACAACUGCCCACGAGUACUCGGGAAGAGCUCAAUACGAUUGCCCAAUGGCUGGACAACAACUUGCGCCGGGAGUACAUGCAAAUUUACGGGGAUGAGCGUUCCGAAGUGAUAAUGCGAUCUCUGCAGAAUUUGAAAGAUCACCAGAAAAGCGGAAGCUGGGGCAAUGAACCGUUGAAGUCCCGGUACUACGGACGACCUUCGGAUGCCGGUGUGAAAAAGUCGACUUCAGCGAGACUGCAACAGAUCUUCGAACGCAAAGCCAACAAAAUGUUGAUAAAAGCUCAGACUCUUGGCCAGUCAGCCGCACUGGCUAUGCGAAAGAACUCCUCAUUCGGGGACAUUUUGGCAGCCGAAGAGUACGGGAGCGACAAUGAUCAAGAGUUAGAAAAAUAUCUGGUGCUACUGUUAGGUCUCCAGAAGCUUCUGGUGUGGGAACGCCAAUUAUUGAACGAUAUCAUUCCACCCUCGCGGCACAACGAUGUAUUUUCCCGUCUCUCUCAACCCUCAAUCGAGAUGGUUGUCAAGGACGCCGAAGCCAUCACCGGACGGGUGCUCAGGAGCAUUAGUCGCAAAGAAUGGUCCGCGGCUUUGGGAAUUUUCUCCGCCCUCAAGCACGUGCAAAUCCUUCAGCCUGACAUUGAUAAAAUCUGCGACAUGGCUCAACGACAACAACUGGGCGGAGUACUAAGCAAACUGCAACAAACCGGUUCCAAAGCAUUGGAGCAGUUCAUCGAUGGAGUCAAGAACGAUGCCGGUAGUGGAGGAAUGGUUAGCAUGAGCUCCAGCACCAUCAGUUAUGGAGGAGGAUCCAGCGUACCGAGAGAUGCCACCGUUUAUGAGCUUACUUCGAACACUAUUUGGUUCCUGGAACAGCUCCAGGAACAUUGUGAAACAAUUGGAAGUAUUUUACAAACUGAAACGAUCUACACAAAUGAUCUAGAUCGCAUUGCAUCUCACAAGACCGUUUCCAUCGAACAAAAGAAUAAAGCACUGCUCGGUAUCUACGUUCGAAAGGUACUCGGAGAACUUAACUACACUAUUGCUACCAAAUCCGAACAAUAUGGAGACCUGGCCACUAAGCAACUAUUCAAACUCAAUAACACCCAUUACAUCCUGAAAUCCCUUCAGCGAUCCAACUUGAUCGAUAUUGUUGCCCUCACAGAGCACGAUUGUGAGAAACGCUACCAAAGGAUGAUUCAAGAUCUGAAAAAAGCCUAUUUGAGUUCAUGGUCGAAGUUGCUGGCGAACAUUUCCCCGCUGGACGACAUUCCGAGACCGGUAGGAGGACGUGUCAAAGAUAAGGAACGCGCCAUAAUCAAGGAGCGAUUCUCAUCGUUCAAUAAGGAACUGGAUGACAUAGUGCGGACGCAAAGGGCCAUCUCAGUUCCAGAUGUUCUAUUGCGCGAAGGUAUCAAGCGGGAUAAUACCGAGCACAUCAUUCCGCAGUACAAUGCGUUCUUUGAGAUUUAUUCAGAUGUACAGUUUAGCAAGAACCCGGAAAAGUAUGUCAAGUAUCGACCAACAGAUGUCACUGCUAUGCUGAACAGUUUCUUCGAUGAUACUAUUUAAGGCGAGGUAAAACAUUUACUCAUGGCAAAAGUGUUGAUAUAUUAUUGAUUAGAAAAAUAAAGACGAUUUAAUCCUUACCAUUUGAAACAAA